UCAGAGUGUCUGUAUUUCUGUGCUCACAGGUGCCCCCCACUUGGCCAGCAGCACCUCUCUGCUCUCGGAGCGCUCGGGCAGCGGCACCAACCUGGUCAGCUUCGGUGUGAAGCCAGAGUCGUCUGGCAGCGGCGGCGGCAGCGGGAUGCACCAGCGCUCCUACUCGGUCUCCAGCGCUGACCAGUGGAGCGAAGCCGUCGUCAUUCCCAGCACUGGGGGCAACCCAGCCAAUGGUGGCGGGGGCACAGUGGACUCCCUGAGCUCCAGCCCCAACGUCUCCAGUGCGGCCAGUCCCAAGCUGGAGCCCCCGCCCUCCCCGCACGCCAACCGGAAGAAGCACCGGCGGAAAAAGAGCACCGGCUCCACGCGGCCAGAGGGGGGCGGCACCGCGGCCGAAGAGCAAGACGAGUCCUUUGAGUUCGUCCUGGUGUCACUGACCGGUCAGUCCUGGCUCUUUGAAGCCUCCACGGCGGACGAGCGGGAGCUCUGGGUCCAGGCCAUCGAGAGCCAGAUCCUGGCCAGCCUUCAGGGCUGCGAGAGCAGCAAGAACAAGGCUCGACUGGGGGGACGCGGGGACGCUCUCGCUCUGCAGUCCAUCCGCACGGUUCGAGGGAACAGCUUCUGCGUGGACUGCGAUGCCCCCAACCCCGAUUGGGCCAGCCUGAACUUGGGGGCCCUGAUGUGCAUCGAGUGCUCGGGCAUCCACCGCCACCUGGGCACCCACCUCUCGCGCGUCCGUUCCCUGGACCUGGACGACUGGCCGAUGGAGCUGGUCAUGGUGAUGACGGCCAUCGGGAACGCGCUGGCCAACUCCGUCUGGGAGGGGGCCACUGAGAACUACCCCCGCCCAACGCCCGACAGCUCCAGGGAGGAGAAGGAGCGCUGGAUCCAGGCCAAAUACGAGCAGAAGCUCUUCCUGGCUCCUCUGCCACUCUCGGACGUCCCGCUGGGCCAAACGCUGCUCCGGGCCGUGGUGGAGGACGACCUGCGGGCCGUAGUCACGCUCCUGGCGCACGGGUCCAAGGAGGAGGUCAACGAGACCUAUGGGGACGGCGACGGACGGACGGCCCUGCACCUCUCCUGUGCCAUGGCCAACGUGGUCUUCACGCAGCUCCUCAUCUGGUACGGAGUGGACGCCAAGAGCCGGGACGCCCGCGGCCAGACCCCCCUCGCUUACGCCCGCCGCGCCGGCAGCCAGGAAUGUGUGGACAUCUUGCUGCAGCACGGGUGCCCCAGCGAUGCGGCCGGGGGAGGAGGGGGACCCCCCGGCACCCUGACCCCCAGCCUGCCCCGCCGCAACGCCAACAACAACGCCGCCUCCGGCCCCCUCUGCCCCGAGGGACCCUGACCUCCAAGGCCCCCCCAUUGACCCGCAGCCAGAGCUGGCAAGAAGCAGGGGCAGACCCCCCUCCCUCCCAACAUGGCGCCCAAGGACUUGUGGGGUGGCUGGGUGACCCCUUUUGCACCCCAUUUGGGGGGGGGAGGCCCUGGAAGAAAGGGAAGUGGGGCCACAUGGGCCCCUGAAGAAAGGGAAGCCCCCCCCCCCGCUCCAUGGCUCACUGUUUGUAGCAGAAGCCCCCCUUUGUGUCCCCCUCCCCCGGGGCUACAGCAGCCCUUCUGGGCCAGUCUGGGGGCUCACUGGCUGACCCCUCCCCACAGACCCGUCUUAGGUGCUGCUUCUUCCCGCAGGCCCCUCCCCGCCGUCCCCUGUGUAUAAAAUGUACAUUGGAAAUAUUUAUAUGAUAGUAUGUAAAUAAGGGUCCUUGGCCGUCUGCCUCUGUGUGUCCGAGCGAGUGAGUGUGCCCCCUUGACCUUUGACCUGCGGCCUCGGAAGAGAAGCUGCCCAAUAAAGACUCUGCCACUUGG